UGAGUCCUAAGCGAACUUCACAGUAGUUUUUCCUACAAAUUGGCGUCUACCGAAUCACGUAUAACUCGGUACAAUUUUCUUUGAUAUUAGGAAUUAAAAGAUAUCUUUUCAUCACUAAUACCUUUUCGGUCAUCAUUAUUUGUAUGAACUAUGUUAUUGGAGUGAAUGUGCUAUUUGUGGCGGACUAUUAUUGUGAUUUUGUAAACAUUGGGAACGCAAGCCCCACGUCUAUGACUUCUUAUUGGCAGUAUGGCGGAAAUAGUGUACCCGCAAGGCUGCCGGCCAAUUACCGAUGACCUAGGUCCUGAUGAGCUGGUUCGGAGACUUAAGGCCCUCGCACACACCCUGCAAGGACUCGGGCAGGAUGAGGGCAUGUACCAGCAGUAUAUCCCCCUGGCGCUGCACCUCGCCGACGAGUUCUUCCUCACGCACCCGUCGCGAGACGUGCAGCUGUUGAUCGCCUGCUGUAUCGCCGAUGUGUUGAGGGUCUACGCGCCAGAAGCACCUUACAAGGACCAGGAGCAGGUCAAAACAAUAUUCCUGUUCCUGAUAAACCAGCUGCAAGGUCUCCGCGAUCCCAAGAACCCGGCGUUCAAGCGGUACUUUUAUCUGCUGGAGAACCUCGCCUAUGUCAAGUCAUUCAACAUGUGCUUUGAGCUGGAAGACUGUCAGGAGAUAUUCUGCGCGCUGUUCUCGCUCAUGUUCAAAAUUGUCAACUCAGACCACUCGACGAAAGUGAAGUCGUUUAUGCUGGACGUUCUGUGCCCACUCAUCACGGAGUCAGACGUUGUCUCCAACGAGCUGCUCAACGUGAUUCUGGUGAACCUGGUGGAACCCAACAAGAGAGAACAUAAACACGCCUAUGCGCUCGCUAAGGACCUCAUAGUUAAGACUAGUGAUACUCUAGAGCCGUAUAUACAAGCGUUUUUCAAUCACGUGCUUAUACUCGGAAAAGAAGAGAAGGGUCUUCUGAUAUUCUCAAAAGUAUACGAACUGAUCUAUGAAUUGUACCAAUGCUGUUCGUCGCUACUGCUUGCAGUUUUGCCGCAGUUAGAGUGCAAACUAAAGUCAGCCCAAUUCCAUGAAAGACUGAGCGCUGUUGCCUUACUCGCGAGAAUGUUCUCUGAACCAGGAUCACAGCUGGCCAAACAAUAUUCGGCCUUGUGGCGCGCGUUUUUAGGUCGAUUCAAUGACAUUUCAGGGCCAAUCAGAAUCAAAUGUGUACAAUACUGUAUGCAUUUUCUGGUACACCAUCCGGAUUUGAGGAAAGACAUUACUGAGACUUUGAAAAUGCGUCAACACGAUGCACAUGAACAAGUUAGAUAUGAAGUAGUCAUGGCCAUUAUAGCGACGGCACAGAGAGACUUUCAGGCCGUCGCGGAGUCAGAAGAUCUGCUAAAUUUUGUAAAAGAACGAACUCUGGAUAAGAAAUUUAAGAUUCGAAAAGAAGCCAUGUCUGGCCUUGCUAUGAUAUACAAGAAGUUUAUAACCGAAGAGUCCGUUCCACCGGCUACAGAAAAAGCCGUGCAGUGGAUCAAAGACAAAAUACUCCAUGGUUACUACAUGACUGCGUUGGAAGAUAGACUCCUAGUCGAGAGGCUCUUGAACACUUCCCUGGUCCCCUACACAUUACCAGCGCCAAUAAGAAUGAAGAAGUUGUACUACCUCAUGUCAAAUGUCGAUGAUAAUGCUACAAAGGCAUUCAUAGAGCUCCAGAAACACCAGUUGGCUGUUCGGAGGACAGUUGCCGAAUGGAUUGAGCUGCAUAGAAAACCACCUACUCCUGCUGUUCAGAAGGAAAUUAUGACAAAAGUGCUGCAUAUCAGCACAAAGUUUCUGCCCGAAUCUGUGAAGGCCCAGGAGUUUUUAAACCAGUUCUCCGAUCACAUGAAGAAAGCGCCUGAACUACUGCAGGGUAUGGAGACAAUAUUGAGUCCGAAUGUUAGCUGUGAAGUUUGUGUAAGGACCACUUCGAGUGUCCUAAAGAAAUUGGGCAAGCCGGUGAUGACGAAUUUAUACUACAAUACUGUGAAGAUGUUACUGGAACGAGUCAGUUCUGUGAUGGUAGAUCAUGAUUCCUUGUUGAUACUGGUGGGAUAUGUUGAGGGUGCAGUCAGAGGUACCGAUACAUCUAUAGCGGAGGAGUGCGGUAUUGAUAUAAAGAUAGCGGCGGAGAAAGGUCUGAAGUUGCUGGUGAUGCUGUCUUUCGUGUUCCCCGCGCACUUCCUGCACGAGGAUAUCCUGGAGCGGCUCACGUCACUCUUGGAGCUGGAUGACGACUGCAUCGCUCCGCACAUCCUUGCGGCCCUCACCUUCCUCGGGAAAUAUAGGCCAUUGAGUGAGGCGUGCGUGACAUUAUUCCCAAAGUUAAUAACUCUGUGUAAGGCGUACGCGGAGGUUGGGACCCCGAAACAAGCUAAAAACGCAGUCAGGUGCCUAUUCGUGAACGUGCCGGAGCAAAGGACACAAAUAUUCACGGAGAUAUUGGAUACCUUGAAGACGACCCUUCACCCGCAGUCGGAUCACUAUCGGACGGCCAUCGUGACACUGGGACACAUUGCUCACAACUUACCCGACAACUUCCCCGUUCACAUCAAGAAUAUUGUUUCUAGAAAGAUUGUCAAAGAGCUUUUAGUACGCGAAGGUGGUGGCGGGGCGAACGCGCCAAGUGGUGAGUGGUGUGACGAGGAUGAACUCCCGGAGGAGACUCGCUGCAAGCUGGAAGGCCUCAAGUGCAUGGCUCGCUGGCUGCUGGGCCUGAAGAAAGACGAGCUCUCGGCCCAGAAGACUUUCAGGAUGCUAAACGCUUUUAUCCUACAUAAGGGUGAUUUGUUACAACAAAACCAGUUAUCUCGCGCUGAGAUGGCCCACUUGCGCCUGGCUGCUGGCGCCGCGAUGCUGAAGAUCUGCGAGCAGAAGGGAGUGGGAGACCAGUUCACGGCGGAACAGUUCUACAACCUGUCGCAUCUUAUGAUCGACGAAGUUCCCCAAGUCAGAGAGGCUUUUGCAGCAAAGUUACACAAAGGAUUGUCAAAGGGUAUACCAAACAAAUGUCUGCCGCUGGACUUCAUGGGUAUGUACGCCCUGGCGGGUCGAGAGCCGGACCGCAGGAUCCGCGGGCUGGUGCGUCAGUACAUGAUGGCGGACGUGGUGCGGCGGAGGGAGUACGUCCGGAACAUUACCAUCGGCACUAAAGUGGAGCGUGCUAUGAGCCAGUUGCAACACAUAAUGCCGGACUAUAUGCUCGUGUUCGCCGUACCCGUUCUCACGCACGACCCCAGCUUUCAGGCCUAUGACAACGUGCCCCAGCUCAAGAUGGUGAAACAAUGCCUCUGGUUCAUCUUGGAGCCACUGAUCACUCGGAACGACUUCUACUGCUACGGCUUCUACAAGAGUCUCAUAGAGGAGAUGAAACUCCACAAGGACGCGCUCAAUGAGAAUGACGAUGCCGUCAAUUAUAAACUGUGGGCGACAUGCGAUCUUGCCAUGUCGGUGAUCUGGGCUCGCUCAACCACGUUCGAGCUUCGCGAGUUCCCCACCGAUGUCCGCAUCCCCACUAUGUACUUCGCGCCGCAGCCAGAGUUCUUCGCCAACUCUAGAGUGUUCCUGCCGCCAGAGCUACAGUUCCAACCAAAGCGACCCAACACAGAGACGACAAUACCGCGCGGAAGAAAACGUCAGCGCGCAAACGAAAAGGACAUAGAAAUCUCCAACGAGUGUGAGCCAGCGGAAGCGUCAGAAACACAGAUCAUAGUGCCCGGACUAGAACAACCACCUGAGACCGAUUUAGAAGAGCCGCAAGCCAAACGCAACACCAGUGACUAGUCGUCACACCGUCGCAUCCCCGCUGCGCUGUGGCCACGCCCCUUGUGUACGUCUACGUCCUCCAUGGACGCGUACAGUGUGAGUGGCGGUCAAUAGGCUCUUGUGAACGUACGAACGCCAGUGAAUACAGUUUUUCUUUAAUAAGUUUCGUUUUUAAUUUUCGGACUGGAGUGAGGAUCGAAAUGUCAACUGUAUUUCAAGGGAAUAAAUUGGUAAACAUGUAAAAAAUUUUUUAACAAUAAGUAUACUUAAGUGUCAUUUUGCAUGUUAUUUCGUGUCGCAGUAGUGUAUUUUUGUUUCAAUGUUUCCAAUACUAUCUCUAUUAAGUUGCUACCACUAUAGUAGCCUUGAAUUUCUUUUAUUUAAAAUUAUUGACUUUAGUCAUUUGUCAUAAAAUUAUAGUUAUAUAAUUUACAUGCAGACGUGGUUUAACCACUGACAGAUCAAAAUAUAAUAACUGUUAAACUGGACCAUUCGUUGCGAUUGAAAUUAUGAUAAUUCAAUUUAAUCUUAUUUAAUUAUACAAUAUAUUGUAUGCUGCAGAGUAUCUGUGGGUCUUAGUUGUUUUAUGUCAAAUAUUUGUAUCUAAAAUUCAGCUUUGUGGUUUUUAAGGAAACAAAUUUAUGCAUACAAGUGUAUAACAGUACCUAUAUGGCGAAUAUGUGACAGCCAAACCUUUGUUACUGACUUACACUUAAAAAAGACUGAAGUUACAUACUAUCCAAAUAGUCACCGCCUGAGUACAAUUUGGAGAAAAGACGUACAAUAAACAACUAAACUCACAAUCACACUAAAAAUUGUCUGAAGCAAAACUCUGACUACGCGUCUAUCAGGCAGAGUUUUCGUUCAGUUGUGUUACGACCGCGCUUUGAAUACAACGCCACGCAAUGACAAAGUAUUUGUGAAGAACUUUUCAAAUAGCAGCAUAUGAAAACAUAAAAAUGUUUUAAAUUAACAAUAUAAUUAUUUUGAUAAAUAAUUUCAAUUCAAUUGCUAAAAUAACAUGUACUUGCGUCGUGUUCGCGUCUGUUUCGCGCGUGAUACUACUACUAUACUACUACUAUAGUGUUACUAAUUCUAAUGAGCGUAUGCAAUAGACUUUGAACAUUACUGCUACGAAAUAAGGUGUUAUUUUGCAAGAAUGUUUUAAUGUUAUCUGUAUAAGUAAUUAAUGUAUACGUAUAUACAACGCGGCCCGGACAGAUUUGACGACCUUUUAACAGGCGAUUGGGAGUAAAGUUCUUUAUAGUACGUCAAUAUAGAUAUCUGCUUUUUGAGAACUGUUUUAUUGUAAGCACUUAUACCGGGCUAUAUAUAAUUCGUGUGUUUUGAGUUUCCCGAUCUUUCGCUAUAUACAAGAAGCAAGUAUGUAAGUAAACUGGAUCCUGCAGACAAACUGUCCAAACAGUUUUGUGGGGCUGUUAGCUCAAGAUUCUUUCUGUAAAUGAUAGUAUAAAUAAGUAAAAAAAAUGUUGUCAGCGAGAACUUAUUAUCGGUAGAUAUGUACAGUCUAACUACCUUCAUAAUUAUUGUCGCUACAAUUGGUUUAGAUAAUCUGGAAUAUAUUGUAUGGCGUUUGAUUUGAAUAAGAGGCAAACAAUUUUUAUACUGACAUCAUUAUAUAUCAUUUAUACGUCUAGAUAGACUAUGACAGCUGUGAAAACGUCGAAAAAAAGAGUUUAGAACUAACCUCUAUUCUGCGCAAUGCACGCACACUAAAGUAUUAAACUUGGCCUGUUUUUAUCGGUUAUUUAACAGCAAGAGACUAUCAAAACGUAUAAAUUAUCUAAGCCUGCAUCAAUAUUUUGAAUGAUAUUUUUAUUUUGAGCAAUAAAACAAUUUUUAAGAGUGCAAUCGUUUCUGGGUGAUUCGAAUACAUAUUUAAAAGCGACCCUAUUGGUCAAAGCGACUUUCAAGUAAAGUAAUGGCGAUAAAUGUCAAUUUACAACCAAUCAUCUGUUUGUAUUUUGUUAUGUUCUAUGACGUCAUAGUUCAUGCGCACCAAGCACGUUAAAAUGGCAGGUUUUAAGUGACCUGUUGGCUGUUUUUAGUAAUAUUUUUUAAAUACUUUGAGUUACUCUUUUGUCAUUUAAUAUUUGCUGUGAAUUUAAAUUAUAUUAUAUUUAAAUUUGCAUAUUUCUAUCAACUUCCGCCUCAUGACGUCUAAAGCUGUGACAAUAGUCAAGGUAGACGCUAUACGGCCAUUCCCAAUAUACUAUCUACAGAUAGAGAUAAAUUACUAACUUCUACUGUCAGUAAUUAGCUGUCAAUAAUCUGAAACUGUCCCAAUAUAGCCGAAAAGUCAUUCUUAUCGCCAGUUCACUGUUGCAAUUUCCAUACAAACUUAAGCUAUAAGCUUACCAGGGAUAGAAGUCGUCCCAUUGACAGACAGCGUGUACGGAUAAGUUGAGUUACCGUCGAUAAGUUCAUCGGGACAGAAAAGUCAACGAUACUUACGAUUUUUAUCUCAAGUAGGCUGCAACCGCAAAUAGACGAUAGAAAAUAAGGGUAGAUAGAUAUUUGCUAAAAUUACAAGUACCCGCUCAUGACAUCCGUUACUUCGGAGCGACGGGAAUGUAGCGUUUGUUAGAGCGUCAAAAUAUCGAGAAAGCAAGGCUGGGAAACAGAAAAAUAUUCUAACCGCUUAACACCUCACUACAUAGAGAACUUUUAAUUCCAUUUAGUUUUACAUUUACUACAAUUAUAACGGUGUUUGUUCAUUAAAGUUCACUAUAAAGGUUUUGUUCCAUGAAUCGGCUUAGACCGUUUUUUACAUCACCGAGAUAUUUGACUCAAUUUCAAGCAAUUUGUUAUUUUUUAAAGUGAUAACCCUCACUUAUGGGAUUAAUUACACAAUUAAUUAAAUUUGAAAACAAAAUUUAUGAACGGUGAGGGACUCGAACCCGUGACCUCUCGCGUUCCGUGCGAGCGCUCUUACCACCGAGCCAACCGUUCGAGUGCCGUCAUGUUUAUAAAUUUUGAUAUGUCUUACAAUUCGAAGUUUAGUGAUAUUUACCUAAUAUUGUUAAGCGCACGAGUGUAACAUACCUAUUUUUUGGUAGGUAUUACGCUCGUCCAUUUUUGCGGAAUUAACUGGUUAUAAGGAAUAUGAAAAAUCUCCCUUAAAGUUAACACUCCGAACGAAAAAAUAGAUACAAACCGAUAUUAACCGUUAAAUUAAGUAAAACCGGUUACAGGCCUCGCAAGGAACUCCCUAAUUUAUCCUAUAAUUAGUGCUGUGCCAAGAGUGUUCCAAACCAUUCUAGUUUUUUAAGUUAUUUUAUUAUAAUUAUAAAUGCGUCAUUUUUUCAUAUUUUGUUAAUAAACAUUAUAAAUUAAGAAUUGUGGUAUGAAUUUUUUUUUUGCAAAAACAAAUGUGUUUUGCAUAUGCUUUUUGUUUUUUUUUUUUUGAAAAAUUUUGUGAUGUUUUAAUUAUUUCCAUUUGUAUACAUCUUGUAUAAGAUAAGCGAAAUUAAUCCAGCUAUAGUGUGAUUAUUCGUGUGAGAAAAUAGAUCUUAACCCAAUGACUGACAGAUGCAUAUAAAAGUGAAAAUUACUCGGCUAUUUACUAAGUAUAAUUUUCAUUUGUUUAUUUAUUCUUGUCUAACUACAAUUUUUUUUAAACACUCAAAUCUUAAUUGAGUUAAUCUGAUUGCAGGAUGUAUUGAAUAGUUUUCAAUAUUUCAUUUAUUUUAAGCUUGUAAUAAAAUAAGUUUCUGUUUAA